CCGCCGUCGGGACCAGUCGGGGCGGCUUGGUUGCUUCGGGGACCCCGCGGAGGCGAUGUUAGCGGGCGCGGCGGGCGAUCCGGGGCUGUGUCCCCUGGGUGAAGACAGCUUCACGCGCUUCUCUUCUCAGAGCAACGUGUACGGACUGGCGCGCGGCGCCCAAGGCCGCGGGGAGCUGCUGGCUGCCACUCUUAAAGGGAAGGUGUUGGGCUUCCGCUACCAGGACCUCCGACAGAAAAUCCGUCCCGUGGCUAAGGAGCUGCAGUUCAACUACAUCCCGGUGGAUGCUGAGAUUGUGUCCAUCGACACGUUCAACAAGUCGCCCCCCAAGCGGGGCUUGGUGGUGGGGAUCACGUUCAUUAAGGACUCUGGGGACAAAGCCAGCCCCUUUCUCAAUAUUUACUGUGACUAUGAGCCUGGAUCAGAAUAUAACCUGGACUCCAUUGCACAGAGCUGCUUGAACCUGGAGCUGCAGUUCACCCCUUUCCAGCUGGGCCAUGCCGAGGUCCAGGUUGGGGAUCAGCUGGAGACAGUGUUUCUGCUCAGUGGGAACAACCCUGCCAUUCAUCUGUAUAAGGAGAACGAGGGUCUGCACCAGUUUGAGGAGCAGCCGGUGGAGAACCUCUUUCCCGAGCUCACAGACCUGAGCAGCAGCGUUCUGUGGCUCCACGUGUCCAACAUCCCGGACUCCAGCCGGCGACUCACCGCCUUCGGCUGCCAGAGUGGUUACGUCCGCCUUGCCCACGUGGACCAGACCACCAGAACUGUGCUGCACACCUGGACGGUCCAGCAGGAUGGACCCAUCUCCCGCGUGGUCAUCUUCAGCCUCCCUCUCCCUGCAGCCGACCCCCCAGCCCCCAGGGAGGAGGGGAAAGAGGCCAAGGGGCCGCCCCCACCCCCAGAGGAGUACAGCGUCCUGGUGGCCAGUAUGAUGGAGCCAGCUGUGGUAUAUCGGAACGUCCUGUGCCAUGGGCUUCAGGAUCAAGUGCUGCUGCCAGGGAGUGACCAAUUUGACAGCGUGCUGUGUGGGCUUGUCACCGACGUGGACCUAGAUGGGAAGCCUGAGAUUCUGCUGGGCACCUAUGGCCAGGUGUGCCUUGUCAAGUUCUACUUUCUGUACUUCUGCCCCUCUGUGCCUCCCCCAUCUUUGUUUCUUAGGUCCUGAUCUGACCUUCCCUGU